AUGCGAUCCGAGUCCGACAAAGAAAUUCUGGUGUCUUCCCUAGACCAACUCCUAUCGCACUCAAGAUUUUUCCUCAAUCUCCGUUCCGCCGAAGGAGAAUACCAUUCAUUGAUACUAUUCCGACUUUCCGACAACUCUGCUCAGGAAAAUGAAAUUGCACAACCGAAAGCAAUCGACUGCAAACAGCAGAUCUACGCCAUGGAGGCGACAUGCCCUCACCUCGGCGCAGACAUGUCACACGCGGAGAUAGAGGAGUGCGAUACCGGACUAGUCGCUGUUUGCCCGUGGCAUAGAUACGAUUUCGAUCUUCGCACCGGCGCCAGCGAGACAGGCCUGAAGGCGUGCACCUACGCAGUCAAUGUGCGCCGAGACGACAGCGGGGACGAGGCCGUUUGGGUCGAAACUCCUGAAAAUGGUACAAAGUGGCGGCUCGUUGAGCUGAGGCCCGUCUCAGAAGAAUUUGCGGAUCCGCCUCCGCCACCGGAUAUUUCACACAUGACUAUAUCGGACAACAGUCCGGUGAUCGAAGACAGCGUAGUGCCGGGUGAAGGUGCCCCGUCCACGCUGAUGCAAUGGGCGGUUCUCAUCCUGAACACGCCGAACCCGAAGCUCAAGGUCGAGCGCACUCGGCACGCUGUACACCUCUUCCGUACUGGCCAACUGAAGACCAUCGGCCACCGGUCAUCCAGUGCGCCCAGACCGCCAGACAUUCCGCCACGAGAGGACGCCUUUGCACGCAAUACAGUUGAUCCAGGCAAGGUAGGCAAACGCAAGAACCGGGCAGUGAUGCUACAUGCACUUGCAAAUAUUGAACAGUGGGCCUGGGACAUUAUGGCCAGAUAUGGGCCAGAACAUCCCGAUCUACCGCCUGCGUUCUUCUCCGACUUCGCCAAAAUGGCGCUCGACGAAUCAAAGCACUUCUCCCUUUUGACAUCCCGUCUCGCCGCCCUCUCUCCCACUACACCGUACGGCUCACUACCCGUACACGCCUCCCUGUGGGAAUCGGCUCGUGUCACAUCCAAUUCUCUGCGCGCGCGGCUUGCCAUCAUCCACCUAGUACACGAGGCACGCGGACUCGACGUCAACCCCGGGACAAUUGAGAAGUUCCGCCGUGCGGGCGACUCAGACAGCGUCGACGUGCUAAACAUAGUCCACCGGGACGAGGUGACACAUCAGGGCGUUGAUCCGCGCUGCUGGCGGGGCGAGGUCAAGGGUCCGUUCAAUGUCGAGGAUAGAGAGAAGGCAGGUAUGACGAGGGAGUUCUUCGAAAAUCUGAAGGGCGAGAUGCCGUCGGAUUGGGGUCAGCAGAGUCCGGAGAAGACGACAACUUGA